AUGAAGACUUUCAUAGCUGUUCUUCUCCUGACCGCCUGUGCGGCUUAUGUCACUGCUGAACACAUGGCUUUUCACAAAGCCGUGUUUCAGUUUUUGGAUAAGCGUCACGAUGAAAGAAUGACACGGAUACUAAGAGACAACGGACUACCUGAAGACACUAUACCUGCUAACGAUCAUCAAGAAAAAUCCCCAGAAUGGAUGGUAAAUAUAAAGAGUUCUAAGUAACAAUUAAUUAUUCCACGAGUGCGCUUUGGAUAUGAGAUGGUAGAUAGCCAACGAGGCGUGUAACGCCGAGUUGGCUAUAAUCAUCUCAUACUAACAAGUGCGAGUGGAAUAUUUUUUUUUUUUAUCAAAAACACCCACAAAAUAUCGAGAAGUCUUCCCGGCUUCUUUGAGCGGACGCGUGCAGUUACCAUAUUUGGAGAGCGUGGUAUAAUAGCUCAUAUACCAUAUGAUGGUUAAGCCAAUCAGAGCUCUAGAAUGAAUUGCAUUAUCUAAUGACUCAGUUUUUAACAAUCCCUGGUACUCAAUAUCACCAUUAAAAACAGUUAUAGGUUCCUACAAAAGAGAAAGGAACUGUGGAAUAUAACGAACAGUAAACUGAGUGUGACUGAGAGUUACUUCUCAUACCUCUCAUUUAAACCGAAUCAGACCUCAGUAUAAUCUGAGUGCGACUGCAAUACCUCUCGUUUAGACCAUAUCAAACCUUAAUAAACUGAAUGUUACUCGACUGUGUUACCAACUUAUUCAUUUGUUACAUUCGCUAAAUUUAUAUUUUUUCAUGGCAGAAACCGUGCAUUGAAACAGCAAAGGAAUCUUGGAAAAAUGCAGGGCAUGACGCCUGCAAAAGACUGGCUUGUAUCGACAACUUCUUCGAGUGCAUCAAAAAAAGCCACCCUACUCCUCUACCAUCUCUUCCACCGCUUCAGGUAAAACGAUAAAGCAGUUUAUCUGCUACUACUGUUGUGAUUCUUAUUAACCCCCCACCCCGGCCCUUCCAGUGCCCCACCCCGGCCCCUUCGGCGCCCUACUCCCUUCUCUUCUUGAUAUUUUUUCAAUGUUUCAAAUCAUCAAUUUUUUAUAAAAGUAAUAUUCGGGCAUCUUAUCUUGAAGUCAAAAGUCCAACAUCCUUUGACUAAAUAGACGUUUUUGUAAAAUCAAUUCCGUUCGGCACAGUAGGCAAAAACACAAAAAUAAAUAUGUGGCAAUUUUCUUCGUUUUCGUUUUUCCUGUUUAACCGUAAUAUCAAGGAGUAAAGCUCACGAAAAGGCUAGAAAGAAUUAUUUCUACCUAUUAUACCUCUGUCAAUAGUUAUUAAAUUUGCAUUUUUCUCAAGAAAAAGUUAAGGUGACAUAUCUCACGACACACUGAAAGGUCUAUGUACAAUAUAACUGACAUUUAGGACGUAUAAUAUCUUAAACUGUAUGCGUGAAAUUCGACUGAGUUUCAUCCUCGUCCUUUAAACUAAAUAACUGCCGGUGAAUCACUUUUUUAGAGAACACUGAAGCGGGUUGGACUUUGACAAAAUUAACUUUCAUAACUCAGAGCGAUGGUGCGUAAAAAUUAAACUUUUCCUCCGCUCAAUAUCUUUCUUUUAAAAAUCUCAUUGCAGAAAGGCUGCGUGUUUCUCCUGUAUAUGUGCAGGAAGCAGAGUCCUACUUGUGCUGGUGAAUUAUGCUGUUUUGUUCGCAUCAAAAGAUGCUUCAAGGCCGUCGCUGAACACUGA